GCCUGUGGCGUCCGGUUGCCCUGGCAACCAGGGGCGGUUGCGGCCCUCGCCGGGAGGCAUUUUAUAAAACUACUGCCUGUGGAAUGCACUAUUGAAAGAAGCAGUAGAGCAGUCUGGCCUGUUGCAGAAGGAUGGUUCAACUAACACUGGACCUAGUUGCUAAAAGUGUCGCUCACAAGAACCGCAAUGAAGGGAACUUGGGACAGUAUCUGCGAAAAAUAACUCAUCUGAAUUUAGCAGAUAAAAACAUAGAUGCAAUUGGUGACUUCUCUUUGUGCAAAAAUCUUAGAGUUCUAUAUUUAUAUGAUAACCAAAUCAGUCAAAUCCAGAACUUGGACUUUGCUUCAAAUAUAACGCACCUUUACUUUCAGAACAACUGUAUUUCAUGUAUAGAAAAUCUCUCAUCGCUGAAAAACCUUGAAAAACUCUAUCUGGGGGGCAACUGCAUCACUGUAGUAGAGGGCUUGGAUAAAAUAGAAAAAAUAAGGGAGCUACAUAUUGAGAGUCAAAAUCUCCCACCUGGUGAAAAGCUUCUGUUUGAUCCAAAGACUCUUAUCUCUCUGGCAAAAUCUUUGUCUGUGUUGAAUAUCAGCAGUAACAAUAUUGAUGAAUUAGAAGAACUGUCGGUUUUGGAAAAUCUUUCUUAUCUUACAGCAGUUGACAAUAAACUUCAGCAUAUGAAGGAUUUAGAGGUUGCAUUAACCAAAUGGACAAAGCUACGCAGAAUGGAUCUUACAGGAAACCCCAUCUGCCACAAACCCAAGUACAGGGACAGGAUUGUAGUACAGUCACAAACUUUAGAAUCCCUUGAUGGGAAAGAAAUUAAAGAAAUGGAAAGACAAUUCCUAGUGAAUUGGAAAGCCUCCAAAGCUGCCAGGAAAAAAAACAAAGAAAGAAUGACAAAUGAUCAUGCGGUCUAUCUACAUUUUUCUGACUUAGAAACACCUUAUUCUAUUCCUCCCUUUCACUGCAGUCACUCUGUGAAAGAAGAGCCAAAACUUUUAGUUUUGUCUGAGAUGCACAAAGUUAAAAGAAAACCUCUGCCAAGAAUCCCGAAAAAAAAAUAAGCCAGAUGAAAACAGGUUGAGGAGGAAUCUGAAGCAACAGCAGAAGCUGAAUUCUAAAAUCCAGAAGUUACAGGAUACAAAGAUUUGGCCAUUACUGGAUUUUUAUUUUUUCCUCUUAAAGUUUACAAAGAAAGUUACUGGUGUCUCUUUGGAUUUGUUAUCUGCGUCUUUGUAAUCUCAAAACCAGACA